AUGAAUAAUUUAAGGAAAUGGAUUUUUUUCUGUUUUUUUAAAAGUGAAAAAUGUUUCCCCUUUUGUGAAAAAAGGAGCAGAGCGAAUGUACAGCUUGUGGGGAGGAAGGUGGGGGGUAAAUUCCACGAGGGGCGCUUUCGAGAAUUUUCCAGAGGCAGGGGAGAAAAGGCAGUGACCAGGUUAAGCGGUACAGGCGGGACAGCCGGGUCAAACGGGACAAGCGGGCUAGUCAGGUCAAUCAAACCGCGGUCACCGACUUCGUUUAGAGCCCCCGGGGAAGUGACAUGCAGGGGGGCAGCACACUUCUCCAGCGUUGGUGGAACGGAAGACAGCGCACGUGGUAUAGGGGCCUGUCAGAAGGGGGAAAGCGCAGAUCGAGGUGCGAUAGGGGAUGUGGAGGUGAUGUGCAAUGCGAACGUCUGCAGUAACGGUGAGAAGGGGGGCCAGCGUAAGAGUCAGGACAAUCCCAAAAAGGGGAAGGACGAAGAGCAGGAGGACGAGCAAGACGAGGAGCAAGACGAGGAGCAAAACGACCAGCAUGACCACGUUGACCAGCACGCCAAGUCCUUCUACGAAAUCUACGACGACCACGGGGACACGCAGGACUGCCCGCACGAGCUCCGCAGGUUCAUCAGAAAGGAGCACAUGGACGUGAAGAUAAAAAUAAAAUGCUCCAGCCCGAGGAACCUGAACAAGCGAGAUGUCCAGAACGUCAUCGGUGAGAUGUUGCAGGGGGGGGAAGCGGCAGACUCGGGGGGGGCAGCGGGCCAAGGCAACUCCGAAAUGUAUUACCUCAAUUCGAAUUUCAAAAAAUUCAACUACCCGGACCGAAACGUGUUGUGGCCAAACCCGUUAGUCUACAACCACCGACUGCAGCCAUUCCUACUGGAAAGGCAGAAGGACGAAGAGAGCGACACCUUUGACAUGAACAAGAAACAUAUCGAAGUAAAUAAAAGGAGGCUGCAGAAUCUGUGGUGUUACAGCUCCAGUUAUGGAGUAGACUGGAAUACCCUGGAUGCUCUUUUUUUAAAUUUCAAAAAUGAGAAGGAGGAACAUUUGAGAAAAUGGGAAGAAAAUAAAAACAGCAUCAUGAUGUACGCAUCAAGAGUCGCCAAGAGGAAGUUAAUAAUGAGUCGAAAAAAGUUGCUGGACAAUCUGGGCAUCGACUACUCCAGUAACGUUUAUGCCAAUUAUGAGGACACGGGGGAGGUGGAUGAAACGUAUAUAGAAGAUGACCAAGAGGUCGAAUAUAAUUUGUUGUUUCCCCGAUCUGUCUUCCGCAAGCUGUACUUUUACUGGAAGGACCGCUACAUGCACUACUACGAAGACACUCUAUGCGAUUACCUGAAGGGAGAAGUGGUGGACUUGCAACUGCUGCGGGAACAGAAUGAGCGGAACCUACAUUUGUCUGGGAAGAAAAUGAUACGGAAGCACUCGUUCAGCUUAAGGCCAGUCAAGGGGUCCAAUUUGUACGUUACGAGAUAUGUGCCCAAGGGGAGGCGACGGGUUAGAACCAAUGCCGAUCAGUUUGACUUAGAAGGCGUCGGAGAAAAUAUAUAUAACACAGCCCAGAAGGACAAGUAG